AACAAACAAUCACUUCCUGUUUGGGAUAAACAUGGCUGCUGCUGGAGCCGGGUCUCCUGGCCGCUUGGUCCAGUAUGUAGUGGUACGCUCGGAUCUGGUCCACAAGCUGUCCUGGCCCCUGGGAGCCGUUAUAACUCAGGCCUGUCACGCGGCUACCGCGGCGAUCCACCUGAACUACGGAGACCCGGACACGCAGCGGUACCUGGAGGACCUGGACUCCAUGCAUAAGGUGGUGUUAGGGGCUCCAGACGAGGCCGCUCUCUCCAGCCUGUCAGAGAACCUGACUCAAGCCGGCGUGGCCCACAAGCUUUGGAUCGAGCAACCGGAGAACAUCCCCACCUGUUUGGCUCUGAAGCCGUGUCUAAAAGAGACUGUCCAGCCCCUGAUGCGCAAGUUCAAACUCUUCAAAUGAAAGACUCUGAGCUCUACAAUGCAUGAUGAAAACACUGAGGCCUUUCAGUUUCUGUCUGCAGGUAUUUCAUCUAAACAAGGAGGACAUCAGGAAGUUUUACUCUUCCUCCCAAGGCGCCCAAACACAUGAGAUUAAAGUCUGGGAUAUAUGAGGUCUGGAUCAAUUUGAUGAGGUGAAGAAAGACACAUUUGUUUUAGGAGAAUUAUUUAAUUUACUUUGUUCUAAAAGGAGGCAUCUUGCUUUAAUACAGCUCAUGAGUUUUAUCAAUUUAUCUCAACAAUAUUAAAACACUUAACACAUUCAAUAAGAAAAAUGUAUGCAACCAUGUUCAAACUCUGAGUUUAAUGAUGGUAAGAUAUCCUCUGUCAUGUUUUGUUCUCAUGGCCCACAUGAGUAAUGUUCAUCAUGUUUACAGACACUGUCAUUAAACCUUGUAAAUCUGU